UAAAAAAAAAAUAUAUAUAUAUAUAUAUUGUUGAUGAUGAAAAACUUUUGCUAUUGUAACGUUUCACUGACGGCAACGUUGCUAAGCUUAACUGUCACCACAAACGUGCCUAUGCCAUAGACAUUCCUGCGCUGUAACAUAGAUUCGAAAUUUUAAUACAUUUUCGAAUCACAGUUCCGCUGUGGAAUAAAGCGAUAUUUUCUAUAAUAAAAAUAUCCAAUAAAUAAACAAAGAUGCCUUCACAGUUUGCCUAUUUUACAACCAUUAUGUGCCUAAUAGUCAGUAAAUGUUUUUUCAAUCUUAAAAGCUUUAAUCAUUUUUUUACAAUGCCCUUUAUUAUAAAAAAAAACGUAAAAAGAAAGCCUGCCAUAGAUUUAUUGCUUGUACUACAACCAUUUAAUACCAAUAAAAGCAGAGGCAGCAGUGCGAGCAGUGAUAAACACAAUAAGCGAAGAAUAGAAGAACGAGAGAAAAAUGUCGACUUUGUCGCUGCGUAUAAGUUUAGAGGGAGGUCGUGUUACGAAAACCAUACAAUUCCAUCCAAAUACAACGGUCUUCGAUGCCUGCAAAAUAAUCCGUGAUAAAUUUGCUGAAGCUGUGCAAGGCCAACCCAGCGAAUAUGGCCUGUUUAUCUCAGAUGAGCAAAACCAGCAAGGCGUGUGGCUCGAGGCUGGACGCACAUUGGGUUAUUACAUUUUGCAUAAUCAGGACACAUUGGAAUAUCGGCGUAAAUUACGUACACUGCGUGUGCGUAUGUUGGAUGGUGCUGUGAAAACCAUAUUGGUUGACGAUUCGCAGCCUGUCUCCCAACUGAUGGUGGUUAUAUGCACUAAAAUCGGGAUCACCAAUCACGAGGAGUAUGGUCUGGUGCGCGAAGAAACCGAAUCGCAAAAUGAGAAUUUGCCAGACAAUAAAUUUGGUACUUUGACGUUACGUCGCAAGUUUACCGAAAAGGAUCGAGAUGCUAAAAUGGAGAGUUUACGAAAAAAAUUAAAAACCGAUGAUGAAAUUAAUUGGGUUGAUGUGGGCAAAACAUUACGUGAACAGGGUAUCGACGAGUCGGAGACAGUACUGCUGCGUCGUCGUUUUUUCUUUUCCGAUCAAAAUAUCGACUCACGUGAUCCUGUUCAAUUAAAUUUGUUAUACGUGCAAGCACGUGAUGCUAUAUUAGAUGGCACACAUCCAGUCACCCAAGAAAAAGCCUGUGAAUUCGCUGGCAUACAAGUGCACAUACAAUUUGGUCCUCAUAAUGAAGCUAAACAUAAACCCGGUUUCUUGGACUUGAAGGACUUUUUACCUCAAUCGUAUGUGCGCGUAAAAAAUAUUGAGAAGAAAAUCUUUGCUGAACAUAAAAAACAUGUUGACUUAUCGGAAAUUGAUGCCAAAGUUUUAUAUACGAAAACAGCUCGGGAAUUACCUACGUAUGGUGUCACGUUCUUUUUGGUUAAAGAAAAAAUGAAUGGCAAAAAUAAACUGGUGCCGCGUCUCUUAGGCGUUACUAAAGAUUCGGUUUUGCGUUUAGAUGAACGUACUAAAGAAAUUUUAGUAUCAUGGCCAUUAACUACGGUCAGACGUUGGGGUGCUUCACCCAAUACGUUCACAUUGGAUUUUGGCGAUUAUGCUAAUCAGUAUUAUUCAGUCCAAACAACGGAAGCCGAACAAAUUGUUCAGUUAAUUGCCGGCUAUAUUGAUAUUAUAAUGAAAAAGAAACAAACCAAAGAUCAUUUUGGCAUCGAAGGCGACGAGGGUUCUACAAUGGUGGAAGAAUCGGUAGCGCCUUCUAAAGCCACAUUUUUGCAACAUGAAACAAAUAAAAUUGGAAAAAUUAACACUGAAUCUUUAGCUCACCCGGGCCUGAUGCAAGUCAAUGAUGGCGAAAAAUCGUACAUUCAAGGCGAAUUGCAAACUGUUCAAUUCGGCGCAUUUGUUGGGCAAGUAAAUCAUGCCCAUCAACCGCCCACGUCGAAAGAAGUCCGUAUUAGCUCUGUGAACUUGACGGAACCUCAACGAGCUCUAUUAGGUUAUAUUUCGGCCGGUCAAGAUGUAAUAAUGCGUGCUAAUGAAGAAUUACGAACGAAGGCACCCAUUCAAGAACUCGGGAAUGAUAUGCGUUCGAUAGAAUGGCGUGAGAAUACUCUCGAUACUUCUAAACAGGCAGUUACAAGCCAUGUAGCUACGAUGAGUGCAGCCACAGCUCAAAUUAUAAUGGCUACGCAACCGGAUGAGAUAGAUACUGAAGCCGUUUCAGCUUCGGUCUCACAAAUCACACAAACUAUACCUGAAGUAACGAAAGAGGUGCGAUUGAUUGCUGCUCUUAUGGAGGACGAGAGUAGUGGAGAUAGAUUGUUAGAAGCCGCACGUAAACUAUGCACUGCGUUCAGUGAAUUAUUGAAAGCUGCUGAACCUGAAAGCAAAGAACCGCCACAGAAUUCGAGAAUUUUUGAUAAUUUGAUAAAGGCCACUGGCGAGGUGAGUGAAGCUACAACUCGUGUGUUGAGCACAAUCGCCGAAGAGGACGUACCGGAAAAUUAUGAUUUGCAAGAUAUGCUUCUUUCUCUUGCGAAAGCGGUAGCAAAUACCACAGCUGCAUUAGUUUUGCGUGCUAAAUCCAUUGCCGCCAGUUGUGAGGACGAUGAGUCUCGAAAUCGGGUAAUUGGAUUAGCCGCUCAAUGCGCUUUCGCUGCAAGUCAAGUGGUUGCUUGUGCUAAAGUUGUGGCUCCCACACUUCAUAACGCCGCUUGUCGCGAACACCUAGAAGGCUCUGCACGUAAUGUCACACGUGCUGUGAAAUACUUAUGCGAAAUGUGUAAUGAAGCCACCAACGAUCCUAAACUCAAAAACGAUUUGUUGGCGGCAGCUCGCGAUGUCUCUAAGAGUUUAAGUGACUUGAUGGAGCAUGUUAAAUUGAGCUCUCGUGAAUAUGCUAAUCGUACAAGUCAAGAAAUGAGUCCCGUUGAAAAUGUAAUAAUUGGAACAGACAUUCUUGUCUCGUCAAAUGACCCUCAAGAGAUGGUACGCCACGCGAAGACGUUAGGCCAAGCUACAGCGCAACUUAUCCAAAGCAUUAAAGGUGAAGCUGACCAACAGCAAGAUGCCGAUAUGCAAAGACGUUUGCUAUCCGCCGCUAAACAAUUAGCCGAUGCCACUGCUAAGUUAGUGGAAGCCGCUCGCCUUUGUUCUAGUAAUCCGCACGAUACCGAAAACCAAAAUGCCCUACGUCGCGCCGCUGAAGAGCUACGUGAGAUUACCACAACUACUGCCAACACACCAGCUAUUAAGCGCAAUCUUAUACGACGUUUGGAAUAUUGCUCCAAGCAGGCUGCCUCCGCUGCAACACAGUGCAUUAGCGCCGCCCAAAAUGCAGUGCAGCAUAGUGACGACCAUCAGACAAAGGAAACUUUGCUCCAGGAUUGUAAGCGUGCGGCUGAUACUAUACCUCGCUUAGUUACUACUGUAAAAACUACUCGUUCUAAUCCGGAUGAUUAUAAUGCUCAAUUCAAUUUAAUUGAAGCUGCUGAACAGUUCAUUGAACCUGCUGUUCAAGUAUCAAGAGCGGCUCGUGCUCUUCAGCCGACUGUAACUGACAUACCAGUUGCAACACAGCUUUCUAAAAGUGCUUUAUCCUUAGGUCAAACCGUAUCCGAACUAAAUUCAGCAGCGUUGCGAGCUCGAGAAGCAUGUGGAGGACAGGAAUUGGAGUCAGCAUUAGAAGCGGUACGUAAUCUUCACAACGUUCUCGAUGAUACACGCAAAGCAGCUCAGUCGGGUACUCUGCGCCCAUUACCUGGUGAAACAGUCGAAAAUACUGCCCAACAAUUGUGCAAGUCCGCGAAAAAUGUCGGAAUAGCUUUAAGUCAAUUGAUUUCUUCAGUUCUGCAAGGGCAUCGAUUGUAUGCUGGUACAGCUGGUCGUGAUACAGCUUUAGCUCUGGGUGAUUUUACAAAAAGUGUUCAUGGCGUUGCAGCCACUACGAGUAAUCCAACUGUGAUAGAUCGCGCGGACGAAGUUGUUUUGAACUCAGCUCGUCUCAUCGAAGAAGCGCAGCGUACUUUGCAAAAUGUAGGUGAUACUCAUGCUCUGACACAAGCUGGUCGUGACGUCACUGAAGCACUUUCUAGAACGGUCGAUUGUAUACCAGGUCAACGUGAAGUCGAUUUGGCGUUACGUAAUGUUAGCGAGUUAAGUGAGAUACUUUCAAUGAGCGAAUUUCCGCCAUCUAGUCGAAGUUACAGUAUUUUACAAAGCGAACUCAAGCAGGUGUCGGAAACUUUAAGUACUGCUGGAGCUCAAAUCGUUCAAGCUUACGCCAGUCCGGCCCAACUUGCUGAAGCUAGCAAUCACUUCGCUGCUAGUUAUCGAGACCUGCUUUCAGUUUCCAUGGAAAUGGCCGGUCAGACCCCAGACGAGGCUGUGCGUUCUGAAAUGAUCAAUUGUUUGCGUAAUGUAUCGACACAAUCAUGCUCGUUAUUGUCAACAGCAAAAUCCAUUGCUGCCGAUCCGGGUCAGCCAAACGCAAAGAAUCUUUUGCAUGCUGCUGCUCGUAGUGUAACUGAAAGCAUUAAUAAACUAGUGGACGCCAGUAUACAAUCAGCUCCCGGUCAAAAGGAAUGCGAUAAUGCUGCCCGUAAUAUUGAGGCAUUACGUGUUAUGUUAGAAUAUCCCCAUGAGCCUAUUAAUGACCAAGGAUACUUUGAUUGUGUUGAAACUGCAACUACAAAGUCACGAAAUCUCGGUUAUGCCUUUUCUGAAAUGAUCAACAACGCUAAGCAGUCUAAUUACAUUGAGUUUGCAAAAUCGGUGAAUGAUGUCUCCGAAUCUAUUCACGGUUUAAUUGAGUCUUCCGCUCAAGCCGCCUAUUUAAUUGGCGUUUCUCAUCCCAGUAGCAUUGCAGGUCGUCCUGGUAUUAUUGAUCAGGCUCAAUUGACGUGGGCAUACCAAGGCAUUCGUCAGCAUUGCGAUAUUGUUAGUAGCCCAAAAUCGUCCAAGCAACAAAAAAUUUCAGCUCUUACAGUUAUUGCCAAGCAUACAAGUUAUUUGUGCUCGAUAUGUCGUCAAGCCAGCAUGAAUACGAACAAUCCUGUGGCAAAGAAUGAGUUUAUUGUUUUAGCAAAGCAAGUUGCCACGGCUACCGCAAACUUGGUUCAGGAAAUUAAGGCCAUUGAAGAUGAUCCGGCUACUCCAUCACGAGCGCGUUUGGUCGAGCCAUUAUUGGAAGCAGUAAAAGCUGUGCGCCAAUACGCAUCUAGUCCCGAGUUUAUUUCCAUACCAGCCAAGAUAUCGGCUGAGGGCAGGAAGGCUCAAGAACCCGUCCUUAAUGCUGCUAGAGGAGUCAUCGAUGGGGUAAUUGAAAUGGUAAAAGCCGCCAAAUCAUUGGCUUUAUCACCAGAUGAUCCCCCGGUAUGGCAAAAAUUAUCAAAUGCUUCAACACCGGUUUCAGAAUCUGUAAAACGUUUAGUGGAUAAUAUACGGGAAAAAGCUCCGGGUCAAGCUCAAUGCGAUCAGGUCUUGCAAACAUUGGGGACUUGUAUGAGAGAAUUAGAUAGUUGCGCGUUGGCGGUAAAUGCCCAAGGCUUAAGUCUACGCCGUGACAACAAUUUGCAUGGUUUCAGCGGUCAAACAUUAAAUUCUGCUGCUGAGUUGUUAGAUAAAUUAGAGCCUAUACGCUUAGCCGGAAAAAAUAAUGCUGAGCAAUUAGGUCAUGCAGUCGGUGAAAUUUCUCGUUAUGUGGUGCCGAUGGUAAAUGGAGCUAUUGGUGCUUGCACGCACAUAGUUCACACAAAUCAACAAAUGAGCCUUCUUAAUCAAACGAAGUCCGUGGUUGAAAGCGCCGUACAAUUGGUACAAGCUGCAAAAGAAUCCGCUGGCAAUCCUAGGGCUUUGCAUACGCACCCAAAAUUAGACGACGCUAUUGAAGGGACACGAGAGGCCAUACAAGAGCUGACACAAACGGUUGAGAAGAUAAACGCUGAAACUGGUGUUGUAACGGGCCUAAUGGAACAAGUGAAUCGCGCUAUUACGCGUUUAACGGACAAGCGUCAAUCAUUGUUAAAUGCAUCGUACUCAGAUUCGUUUGUUGACUAUCAGACACGCAUGGUACAAGCAGCUAAAGAAAUUGCGCGCUUGGGUAAUGAGAUUAACGCUAAAUCUAGCAUAGAACCUAAACUGAUGCCGCAAUUGACUGUUGAAAUGGCCAAACAAUACACCCAACUAACCCAGGAUUCGGUGGGAGCUUCUACUACUACAACCUCACCAGACGUGGCCAUGCGUAUACGAAGUACUGUCAUAGAUUUGGGUCGAUCGGUUAGCUCUAUGAUACAGUCAAGUGCUGGAGGUACAAGACCUGGAGAUACAUCGGCGCAAAACGACAUUUCACGUAGUGCACGCGAAAUAUCGGAAAAAGUUGCACAAGUUUUAGCUGCUUUGCAGGCGGGCUCCCGCGGUACCCAGGCUUGCAUUAAUGCUGCUCAUACUGUUUCCGGUAUAAUUGGAGAUUUAGAUACCACAAUCAUGUUUGCUACUGCCGGUACGUUACAUUCAGAUGGCGAUGGCACUUUUGCCGAUCAUCGCGAGCACAUUUUACAAACAGCUAAAGCGUUGGUAGAAGACACCAAGGUAUUGGUUACCGGAGCUGCUGGCACUCAAGAUCAGCUUGCUAAUGCUGCGCAAAAUGCUGUUACAACCAUAUUGCAAUUGGCUGAGGCUGUGAAACGGGGAGCCUGUUCUCUGGGUUCUUCUCAACCAGAUUCCCAGGUAAUGGUGAUAAACGCUGUAAAAGAUGUUGCCUCUGCCUUAGGUGAUUUGAUAAAUGCCACCAAGUUGGCUUCUGGCAAACCUAUUAAUGAUCCUUCCAUGCAAGAUCUUAAGGAGAGUGCGAGGGUGAUGGUCUUAAAUGUAUCCUCGCUAUUGAAAACAGUUAAAGCUGUUGAAGAUGAACAUAGCAGAGGUACGAGAGCUAUGGAAGCAACUGUCGAAGCUAUAUCACAAGAAAUACGGGCUAUGCAUUCGCCGCCUCCAACGGGUAGUGCUCAAGUAGGCCCUGAGGAUUUGAUAAGAGUUACAAAGAAUGUCACUUUGGCGACAGCUAAAGCGGUGGCUGCUGGUGCUUCCAAUUUACAAGGGGAUAUUGUAGCUGCCGCCAAUAUGGGAAGACGAUCAAUAUCUGAAAUGUUGCUGGUUUGUCGUUCUGUCGCUUGGAAUUGUGCUGAAACUGAAGAUUUACGUCAACGUACGCUUGAGGCUGGUGCAGCGGUAGGUGAAUCUUAUCGCGAACUUCUAAACGGUAUAUUGCGUAACUGCUCUGCCGAUGAGCGUAUGCAUUUAUCGCGACGUGUAGCGAAAUGUGUCACCGAUCUAGUCGCUAUGGCUCGAUUGCUGAAAGGUUCCGAUUGGAUUGAUCCGGAAGAUCCAACUGUAAUAGCUGAAAAUGAGCUGCUUGGAGCAGCUGCUUCCAUUGAUGCGGCCGCAAAGAAAUUAGCUUCUUUGCGUCCUCGACGCAAUGAUGAUGUCAAGAUUGAAUUAGAUGAAAAUAUGAAAUUUGAUGAAAUGAUAUUGGAAGCCGCUAAGGGUAUUAUGGCUGCUUCUUCGGCUCUGGUAAGAGCAGCCAAUGCUGCUCAACGUGAAUUAAUCGAUCAAGGCAAAGUGGCUAGACGACCUUUAACAUCAUCGGACGAUGGACAGUGGUCAGAGGGCUUAAUAUCAGCUGCACGUCUUGUCGCAGCAGCCACUCAUAGCUUAGUAGAGGCAGCUCAAAAUCUUGUACGUGGUGUGGGCACAGAAGAAAUGCUUAUCUCCACUGCUAAACAGGUAGCUGCUUCCACAGCCCAGUUAUUAAUUGCUUGCAAAGUGAAAUCGAAUCCGAACUCGGAGGCGGGCAGACGUCUUCAAGCGGCUGGAAAUGCUGUAAUUAAAUCUACAGACAAUUUGGUGAGAGCCGCUCAGCAAGGUCUUGAAAUUGAGGAGGAGCGCACUUUGAAAAUUAAUACAUCGAUGGUUGAUGGUAUGGCUCAGGAAAUUAACGCCCGUUCUGAUGUGUUACGCAUGGAAAAACAAUUGGAAGAAGCACGUCAAAAACUCAUACAUAUACGACAAGCACGUUCGAGACAAAAGACCGUUCAAGGCUUUACAACUGAUGAAAGUGAUACAGAAUACAUUCAGUCAUCAUAUGGCACUCUCAAGAGCCACAAUAACACACUUAACCGUUCCGUUUAUUAUGGUCACCAGGAGCCAUCGGCGUCACCCGGUUAUUUGAGUCAACAACAGCAACAAUCUAAACAUCAUUAUAAUUAUACGACAAACCCUCAACACUUUCAUCAUCCGAGCGCGGUGUCACCAACUUUCUUAAGCCAUAAUAAGGAUGAUAAUGAUGCCACGGUAUUUCCGCCGCCUCCACCACCACUGUCAACCACUAUCUCUAACAUGCAAACCGCAACACAUACAUUUAGAACUAACACUAAAUUAACUGGCAACGCUGUGCCAAGGCCUUAUCCAGGCAGUCCAGUGGCCGGCGGUAGUAGUUCACCUAGUAAUACGGGUGGCAGAUUAUCGCACCCUACUAGUCCUCUAACACCUACUAAUAGCAAUAACUAUCAGCAAACAACAUAUGAUACGUCUACUCAUAAAAUUCACAAAAAUUCUCAACAACAGCCUGCAACAGUUGUCAAUGCCACGACACCCACCGCAACUGCAACGGUUACGAAUUUAAAUCAAGUGAAUCGAAAUUUGGAAGCAUGUGUACAAGAUCUUCAUGAUAAAACUUUCGGUCAAGGUGGCGUAGUCCAAAUCACAAGUAACAGUUCUUAUCCAGGCCAUCAAAGUUACGAAGGUUACACCUCAAGAUAUGAAACACGCAACUUUGAUAAAACAACGGAGACGGCAAGCAUUAAGCCAUUGGAAAGCAGUUUCCAGCAAAUGACGGUUAACACUGAAGGCGGAAAACUGAGUCUUAUCGAUCAGGGUUCAGAACGUUUAACAUCAAUGACUCAGCGCGUCAUGGAACGUAAAUCGUAUACAACAACAUCCGAAAUGAGAACGGAAAAGAAAACCGAGUCUCAUAGUUUUCGUUUGGAAUAAUGAAUUCAAAAAAAAAAAAAAAAAAUUACAUUUUGCCAAAAGUGCUUUAGCUUAUAAGAAAUAUUUUGU